AUGUCGGUGACGACCUCCUCGGCGGCGGCGCCGCCGGUGAGCUUCUUCUUGUCCAGCGUGUUGAAGAGGAAGGCUUCGUCGUUGGUGUUGUUGUUGUUGUUGCUGUUGCUGCUGCUGCUGGUGCGGCUGCUGGAAGCGGCGGCACCGCCGCGGAGGUGGCCGUCGGACCAGGAGAGGAAGGGGCGGCCGUCGGGGGGAGAGGAGGAGGAGAGACGCCAGAGGACGGCGUAGGCCCAGCAGUCGGGUAG